AUGCGAUCGCAAGACGCCAUGCAAUGCAUGUACGCGACACAGUGUGGAAUUGCCAAAGUCUUGACGGACCGGAUCAAGCACUACGAAGCACUGUUACGCGAACGAGCGAGUGAAUCGGAACCAGAACGGCCCACUGCAGGCACGCAGAAGAACCGCAUAAGCAGUCACACCGUGGCGGUGAGCCGCGGCCUUGAUCAUUCCCGUGAACCCGACCAGCGCCGACGUGCGGAAAACGCAAAGGUGAUACAUGUUUCAGGGCGAUCCCGAGUGAUAAACAAUGUGUUGUGGACAGGAAUGGUGGACGAGACUGACGUCGAGUUCCGGCAGCUUCAUGAUCCUCAUAUCGCCUUGGAGGAUCUGUCAGAUGGCACGGAUGAAUCUGAAGAACUUGAGGACGACGAUUUCUCCUUCGUCCUCCGAUCCGAAUCGGGAUCCAAACUUCAGUCUCGCCACCCCACCCCAGACGAUAUCCUCCAUUUAGGGCAGAUCUAUAUCGAGAACGUGGAUCCACUAACAAAGAUUGUCCACGUACCUACCUUGCGCUCGGCGAUUGAGAAGGCAGCUGGUCGCAUCGAUGAGACGCCGCGAACAUUUGAAGCACUGUUGUUUUCCAUUUGCAGCGCAGCUAUCAUGUCGCUGAAUGAUGCUGAGUGCAGAGAACGAUUCUGCGAGCCCCGCAAAGUGCUGCUGUCACGAUAUAUCUCCUGCACAAAGGAUGCUCUGUCAUCAGUCCGGUUCAUGGGGACUACGAGCCUUGUUGUUCUUCAAGCUCUGGUCAACCACCUGAUCGUCAUACGCGAUAUCUACGAGCCUCGUGCUAUCUGGUCUCUAAGUGGUGUGGCCGUUCGCAUUGCUCAGAGUAUGGGCCUGGACCGGGACGGGGAAGCUCUGGGGUUGCCACCUUUCGAGACCGAGAUCCGGCGCAGAGUCUGGUGGCAGCUCCGAAUGCACGACUUUCGGACUGCCGAGCUCUGUGGUGUAGGCAAGUUCCAAGAUCUGGACACGCUGAACGUGGCUGGGAGCACCAAGUUCCCCACCAGUGUCAAUGACGAUCAGCUCUUUCCAGACAUGACAUCGCCCGCGAUAGAAGAAAAGGGCGUUACGGACAUGUUUUUUGUUUCUCUCAAGUGUGAACUCCUCAAGUUUGCCGCGAGCCGCAUCUCGAACCUGAGAACACAGGGAAACUCGUCAAGUCCGUGGGACCCGGAGACUGCCGAACGUAACACGGCCGAGUCGGAUGACUCCUUCCAAGAGAUUGAAGAAACAUUGGAGGCGAAGUUUCUACGUUAUUGUGAUCCUUCGCAGCCUCUGCAACUGAUCACCAUGCUAAUGGCCCGGUGCUCUCUAAAUGUCAUCCGCUUCAUGGCGCAUCACCCGCGAAGAUGGACCACCCAGGGGGAGACCCCGCAAUCGGAGCGCCAGCUUGUCUGGGAUACCUGUAUCAAGCUUCUUGAGCAGCACAGCAUGCUGCAGUCGUCCCCUCAGCUCCAGAGAUUCGCCUGGCAAGCCCCCUACACCCAACAGUGGCACGCCAUCGUCCAUGUCCUCGACACACUCCGAGCGGAGCCGGCCCAUGUGGAUGCGCACAAAGCAUGGCGGCUGAUAAGCAAUAUCUACGAGCACAACCCUCAGAUGCUCUGCGAUAUGAGGAAACCUAUUCAUGUCGCCGUUGGUAAUCUUUGCAUCCAGGCCAAUAGCAGGCGCGAGUCGUUGGCAGACGCCGAUAACAGAUACGAAGUAUCAGCCCCUGACUUUAUCGCUCGGUUGCUUCACCAGAGGGAAAAGUUCAAAUCCAAGCUACCAGAACGGGCUCCGGGGGACGACAAACUUGAACUCACUAUGGCUCUCGAUGGUGACAUUCCUGGAUGUGCGCAGGAGCCGAAUUCGUCGUCAGAGUUGGAUGAGAAAGCUACGAGAAGGAAAUCCAAGGGAAACCAGAGCCCACGCGCUGCCCCUUCCCAUAUUGACGCCACUUUGGAUCCGCCGGGAGCUGUUCCGUCAUUGAGCUACGGAGUAAGUGACAGGGAGAUAGAGAGUUUCGGCGGGAUGGACAUGGAUUUGGACUUCAUGGUUGACCAAACUUAUGGAACGCAAGGCAGCGGGGAGAUUUCGUGGGAUCAAUGGGACGCUUGGCUGACUGAGUCCAAUAUGAUUCCAGCACUCCCUUUGCAGGACAAAUCUGAUCCGUGUGUUUAA